AUGUGCAAAGUUGUACCUUUAGGGUUACAAUAUACUCCUAAAAGGUAUAAAGAUGACAAGCUAUUUGAGGGUACUGCCUCAAGCAGUUUUACCCCUAAUGGAAAUGUGCAAAUAUAUGAACUGCCAAACAGAAAGACCAACUACGUCUCGGUCUCGGAGCCGAUCCUGGCGCCUCCCAUCCCCUCGUCCCUGACCUCCUCAGCGGAGAGAAGGGCCACCGGGCAGCGCGCCAGGUUUCUACGCCCGGAUGGGGCCACUUACGCCGGGUCCGAGUCCUUGCGCGUGCCAAACUGGAGGACGAGCGCCCCGGUUCUGCUGCAGUCCAGUGAUUCGGACACGGAGCGGGUCAACACGGUGCCCCCGAACUCACCAGCACUGCAUGUGACUCCAAAUGGGUUCUCAAUGCCGGUGACUUCCAUGCGUAGAAGCAGCACCAUGGAGCUGGAGAGCACUCCUCUGGAUAAGAUCCAUGUGGAAUGUGAGUUCGCCAGCAUCAUCCCGCCGGAGAACUCCUGCUAUGUGGCAUCGUCAAGCCCCUCGGCUGGGGGUUCUGGACUGGACAGUGACUUUGGAGCCAGUGCAGGUGUAUCUCUGCGUAUCCUUUCUAUGGACAGUGAUGGUUUCCCGGGUUCUGUCUGGGCAUCCGCUCUGGAAUGGGAUUACUACAACCCAAGUUAUGUCACUCAGAACCACGUCCCGAAGCACAGACCUCACGCACCCCCCAUCACUACCAAACAGUACUGGGUCUAGAGCCUGAGCUCCAUAGAGAGCGAUCAGAACAAGACUCAAUUCAGCCAUUCUCAUUCUAGAACUUCAGUUGAGUCUAGAUUUCUGUCUGGGUUUAGUGCACUCAAAAAAUGUUCACUUGCUGUUUUAACUGCAACACAUCACAUCUUGUCAAAUCACACACAAUCAAAAAAAAAAUUUCACAAUCACAGCUUACUUCUGCAGCAAUUCCAAAUGGGUUUGUUCGGUUUAUAAAAGUGUUUAUAGAAUCACUCUACUGUUGCUCUCACUUUUGAUAUGUUUGCACGUGUUUCUCAGCAUGGAGUUACUGAGGUCUUCAGAAGAGGCGGUUUUGAGUCCUUCACAAUUUUGACACCCUACACAUUCUUGUAUUUGUAAACAAUUUAGAUUGCGCCCGAAUUGAAUAAAGUUUUUAAAAACA